GGGCGCCGCCGCUCUUCUCCGCGCGCUGCUUGGCUGAAGGCGCACAGGACUCAAUUACUGGAAUUGUCAGCUCUGCCACUUUAUGUGCACAUUCCUCUUCCACUAUGAGCAGGCCAAUCAUAUCGCACAUUUGUCUGGCUUUCUGUAGCCUUCUACUUCUUAACUUUGCCACACAAUGUUUAGCCUUCCCCAAAAUGGAAAGAAGGGAGAUAGCACAUGUUCGUGCAGAAGAAGGGCAGUCUGAGAGGAUGAACACAGAUGACCUAGAAAAUAACUCCAUUACUUCAAAGAGCACUCCCCAGCUGUUGGUCUCCGAAGAGCCAAUGAUAGUGUUGGCGGGACCAUCAGCAAUGCCGUUAAAUAAAGUAUUCCCUAUUAACAAAGACACCCAUCCUGGGGGAGCUGGGUUCAUGCGGCCUCAUAGCCCUGGUGUUUACACUGCUGCUGAGCCGUUGGUCCCAGCAGGGGAAGAAGUGUUUGUUUCCAGCCAGCCAGAGAGAACGUCUCCUGAAAGCCGACUUUCCAAGGCCGUGUUAACCAACCCUAUCACUUCGACUGCUUCUUUGAAUACUGAUGAGCAGGAGGAGCCCUUCAGUAGUAGCAACAUUCAGCCCACUGCAGAAGGGACCACAGAAGUAACACAAGGUUUCCUGAAGUAUGUGGAUAAUCAGUUGUUUGCAACUGAAAAUCAGGAAGGGGUUAGUCAUUCACCUUCAUCCUAUGUGAAUACUAAAGAAAUGCUAAGCAGUCCGAGGACUGAGACAUUUGAAGCAGAUACAGAACGUAGGACAACUUUUCCUGGUGCUGAGCCCACAGCAGGCCCUGAGCCUGGGAACCUCGUGCCUGGUAGGGAGAAGCCUUCGCAGAUGCCAGCUGAUAAUACCCAGGCUCCUGCCACCAAGCACUGGCUCACUACCUCCGGGUACACCCAGAGUGUUGAGCCAGAAGCUGACAGCCUGCUGGAAACCCCAGAAGUCACUGUGAGUGUCAACACAGCAGUUCCAGCUGCCUCUGUUGUAAGUGAUGAGUGGGAUGACACCAAAUUAGAGAGUGUAAGCCAGAUAAAGACCCCAAAGCUUGGAGACAGUAUGGAGACUCAGCUGAGAAUAGAAACGUCUCAGACAUCCCGAGUAACUGAUAACAGUAUGCAAGGUAUGGAAAGGGACAAACCUUUGACAGAGUCUGCAGAGGUGGCCUUGGGACUGCCUGAAGGGGAAACACACACGGGGACAGCGCUGCUAAUAGCACUUGGGGAUGAGAGAUCAUCUUCCUUCACUGAUCAAAGUUCCUUCACUCCCACAAGUCUGAUGGAAGAUAUGGAAGUCUCUGUUGUGAACCAGUUUCAAAAUACUGCAGACUCCGUGGAAUCCAACCAGGAAAACAAUGCCAUGUUUUUCUUAGAGACCACUGUUUCCAUCUCAGAAUAUGAAUCUGAGGCCUAUCGACCACUGGGAAAUACAUUUAAAGACAUCAUCACUCAAGAGAUGACAACAGCUGUUCAAGAAGCAGAAGCCACUUUAUCAUCAGUGACACAAGAGCAGCAGGUUUCUACCCUCGAGGUUACCAGAGAAGAUGGUGAGGCUAAGGAAGGAAAAGAGUCCCCCUCUGCCACGUCUGAUGUUGCUGCUGUCACUCAGCUGUCGAGAAGAUGGCAGCCUCUGGCCACUAUGGUUUCAACUAUAGCCGUACCUCUGUCUGUCCAAGUUACUCCUGCUGUGGAAGACCUAAUGGACACAGUCACAAGGCCACAUGAGGAGUUGUUCACACCGGUUUUGGGCUCUCCAGUGACGCCCCCUGGACUAAUGGAGGAGUCACCCAGCACUUCCCCAGCGCUUCCUGACUCUGAGGUGUCCUCUGAGAGAAGCACCGUUGUGCCAUCUGUUAGCCGUGUUAACACGGCUGCCUCCUAUGGCCUGGACCUACUGGAAUCUGAAGAGGGAGAAGAAGAUGAGGAUGAAGAAGAUGAGGAGGAGGAAGAUGAAGAAGAGGAAGAUGAGGAAGAUGAGGAGGAAGAUGAGGAAGAUAAAGAUGCAGACGCUCUGGAUGAGAGCUUGGAUGGUGACACUGAGCUGCCUGGAUUUACUCUCCCUGGCCUCACGUCCCAGGAGCCGGGCUUAGAGCAGGGCAACAUGGUCCCCUUGGAAAGAGUCACCUACCAGGUGCCAGCUGCCAUCGAGUGGAAACAGCAGAAUCAGGGCCUGGUGAGAAGCUGGAUGGAAAAACUAAAAGACAAGGCUGGCUACAUGUCUGGGAUGCUGGUGCCUGUAGGGGUUGGGAUAGCUGGAGCUUUGUUCAUCUUGGGAGCCCUCUACAGCAUUAAGGUUAUGAAUCGCCGAAGGAGAAAUGGCUUCAAAAGGCAUAAAAGAAAGCAGAGAGAAUUCAACAGCAUGCAAGAUCGAGUAAUGCUCUUAGCCGACAGCUCUGAAGAUGAAUUUUGAAUUGGACUGGAGUUUAAUUGGAAUAUUCAAUGAUGUUAUUAUUUUAUUUUUUAUUUGGGGGCAAAAAAAGAACAGCAUCCUGCCACGUUGCUGCUGUCAGGCCAUCAGUCCCAUUAUCUGCUGGGUAGUAGAUUUUUGUUGUACUGAGCAGAAAAGGCAUGCUGUAUACUAAAUGUAAUACGCAGUGUUUGUUUUUAUUCUGUAGUGAAUUUUCCACAACCAUGGGCUACAACUCAUAAAUAUGCAGAACACAUGUUGUUCAGUAGGAGUUGCUAGGUUAGGUAGAGUAAAUGUUUUGUAUUUUUCCAUUGUGUCUUUUCCUUGGUUUGAAUUUCCUGCACUAAGUAUAACGAUUAUUGUUGCCAAGGCACGCCUGACUGUGAAAUGGAAAUCUCAGCAAAGAAUAACUUGUGAUGACUGCACUCUACCUAGUUGAAGCCAUAGGCUUAUGGGCUGUGGUACAUCCUGCGUUUGCAUCAAAACUAGCAGCAACUCAGAAUGAAAUCUUUUUCGUCGAGAAGAUCUCUUGGCACAUUAGGAUUAUAUGUAGGUUUGUAUGUAUUUUGCAUUACGUGCUUGAGUCUCCCAGUUUUAUUAUUUUUCAACCUCUAUUUUAUUCUCAAUCUUGGCAAGGAAAAAAGCGCACCAGAAGUAAUAUAUUAAUUGACUCUCAGUUGUAACGUAAGCUUGCUUUCUUAAAUAGUGUGGAUGAGUCCAACAGACCUAUAGUUAGAUUCUUCCGUGUUUAUCAUUAAGAGAUGUUCUUUUUGUGUACCACUUGACUUUGUCAAGAAGAAACAAGGAAGAAAUCAAGAAGAAAAUGAGGGUAGGUAAGCUCCAAGAGCAUUUAUCUCUGUCAUUUGGCUCUGUGCUCGUGUGGCCACUAUUCUGAAUUAUUCAGAGCAUUGCUUUUCUACAUCUGUGGUCUUGGCUGUGGAAUGAGUGAGCUGCCAUUGGUCCUUAUUUGACUUUAUUAGAAAAACAGUCAUUCUGUAGUAGAAGCAGGCUCAGUGGCCAGAGUCCUGGCCCGUGAUGGAACUUAGGAAAAACCAGCCUUUCUCAGGGCAUCCUGCUUCGGGGAUGUUGGACUAUGUAAGAUCAUUUCUCAUUCCCCUUGGAAUGUAAUUCCUUGCCCUAUCUUCUGAAUCUGGGUAUUUGGGGCUUUCAGUAAGUUGAGUAUUUGGGUGAAGACUUGGCUCAUUUCCAUGGAAGAAUAAAGGUUACUAAUAACACUGUCCGUAGUGCUUUAGACUGUGGGGAACUUGUUCACAUUUAUUAGAGCCUGUUCUACUAUAUUCAAGGCGAGUUGCACAGUUAUUCCUCAUGGCUACUGGAUGAGGCAGGGGGUAUGUUUUUAUUCUCGCAUUUGACUGAAGACAGGACUGAAGCAGAGAAGUGAAAUGAUUAUCCAGAGUUAUACCCAGGAAGAAUCAGGACUGGAACCCACUUGGACUCAAAACCAUGCACCCCUGUCUUCAGUUCAGUGCCCUUCCCACAUACUUGGGAGGAAGUGACAUUUCAGAAUCCUUCUUUAAAACCAAGGUUCUGAGGAAAUAGCUACUUGGCUAAGGAACAUUUCAUAUGAGUUUCUGUUUUUGUUAAAUGAAUGAUGUCUUUCUAAUUUCUCUCUUAAACAAGUUCUUUCCUUUCCCACCUCAGCUAUUUCCUUUAAAAGCAAAUAAAUUUAAGUGCUAGGGAACUAAUAGAGAAACCUUUCUAGAAUCCGUGCUUGAAUGAUAGCUGGCUUACAAGAAUGUUUUCAUUAAAUAAUUUUAGUUCUUUUUGCCAAGAGAUGUAAAGAAAUGUGUGAAAUUGAUCAAGAGAGUUGAAAAGCUCUGAACAGUCAAAUAGAAGUUAGCAGUUGACAGGUAAGUUCAAGGUCAGAUUAUUUUUUUGUUUUUUUUUUGGUGAGGAAGAUUGGCCAUGAGCUAACAUCCAAUGCCAGUCUUCCUCUUUAUUUUGUAUGUGGGAUGCCGCCAUAGCAUGGCUUGAUGAGUAGAUCCGUGCCUGGGAUCCGAACCUGUGAAUCCUGGGCCGCUGAAGCAGAGAGCACAAACCUAACCUCUAUGCCACUGGGCCGGCCCCAAGGUCAGGUUUUAAAAACAAUUCAGAACCAUGGCACUCAUAUGUAAUUUGUAAUAUGACGAGUAGAGACAUCCUGAUAUUGCAGAAGGUACGUUUUCCUUUUCUAUGAGCGACUGUAGGUAUUCCUGAGGUUGGGAGGAGGUGAGCAUGAUGUGGUGUUGCUGUCCUUGUAUCCUCGACAAGCUGUUUAUAGAGAACAUGCAAUAGGCCACUUCAUUCAGCUGCAUGUCGGUGACACUAAUGGCCGUGAGAGAAAGGGUCCCUCCUCUGCCCCUCAUGUCUUUUUCUCUAAGCAGAAGACAGUACUUUUCUUUUACACCUCUUUAGUUUUUCCUCUCCCAUAAGCUGCUUUUUCAGUAGCUGCUGGGUUAAUUUAUAUGCAAUAUUUGGAGUUAAUUAGUAUCCCAGGGAAACAGAUUCCCUUAGCAAUACCUUAGCCUUGGCUUCAGCUCACAGACUGUCUCAGAUGCAAUCUUCCAGAAACAUUUUCUUAAAGUACCUGUAUCUCUUACAUAGGUCAAAAAGGUUGUGGGGAAAAUUUUAAAGCACAGUUUUAGAACAUAUUUAAAGUAGUUUCAGCACGGUCAAUCAAAGAUAGUUCUUUAUUUUGUUUUGUUUUAUUUUUUAAAGGCUAUGACUUAAAAGUCAAAACCUUAUAGAGAUAUCAGAAAAUAAUACAGAGCAAUAUAGGACAUGCUGAGUGCCUAGUGCUCCUGUCCAUGUUUUUCUAGAUAUCUUCUUCAUGUGGAAGUCCAAAUGAAGCCCCUUAUUUGGAAUCAUAUUCCCAACUUGGGGGAGAAGCAGCAAGUCAUCCACAGGCAUCCUGAUUUUUGUGGCUAUGAAUAAUCAAUGUUCCUACCAGUUGCCAAAAAGCAGCUUUUGGGAAAAAGGUAUAUUAUUUGGCGCAAGGUUUUAGCUGCGAGGCCUUUUGGCAAGAUAAGCUUUGUUAUGACUACAGGGAAAUCGGAAGAGACAGGAUUACGACUGAAGAAAAAAAUCUCUGCUUUUUAGGGUUUGUGAAGGUAUGGUUACAAGGGAAGAAAUACGGGUAGAAGAAGAUGGAAGGAAAAUAAUAAUACAAGGCAGAUGUAAAAAUGGCACAAAACAUUAGAAUGUGCUAGAGAAGGCCAAAAUUCUGAAUGGACUAAAGCUUGGAAAAAUGAUAAAGACAAGCAAGGAGAUCAAUGCAAGUGAGGUAGACCAGUAGCAGGGGAGGGGCCAUAAAGCCACACAAACCUAUUUGUCCCACACUAGGUAGAAUGGACGUUGGUGGGAGGGAAUUGACGUCCAAGAUUGAUGAGGAGGUGAAAGGUGCCUGGUUACUUUAAAUGAGCUGAAGCUCAGAUAAAUAUCUUUCCUAAUUACACAGAGUUCAAAUGACUGAAUAUCAAUUUCUAGGAAUAAGAAAUAAUUUGAAAACAAAAUAAUAGUGUUGACUUAGUAAAAGCACCUUAUUUGUACAUUUAGUGCCCCCCAUAAGACACACAACUCCUUUUGGGGUGGAAGCUAUUAGACUGAUAAAUGGGGAUGGACUGAGGAGAGACAUUAAUUAUUUUCUCUAAUAAUUAUCAACCUUAGCAGUCAAUAUAGCUGGGACCAUAAUUCUCUUGUUUAAAUUCUACAUGCAUAAAAAUAAUCAGCAUUUAUUUUAUAAGCAGCUGUUAGCUAGGAUAACCCCAUAAUGCAAUGGGGUUAUCUUAUUUUGGGUAAUAGAUAUAUCUUAUUCCCUAUUAGCCCAAAUUUCUAUUAUGUGAAUAUAGGAUUAAAGGAA